GAAAAUGAGCUAUCUUUAGCCAGCAAAGCAGCCCUGUUGGCUUUAAUGGAGAAGUCAGGCUACAGUAUGGUGCAGGAGAACGGGCAGAGGAAAUUUGGUGGGCCGCCUCCAGGGUGGGAGGGCCCCCCGCCGCCCCGCGGCUGCGAGGUGUUUGUGGGCAAGAUCCCCCGCGACAUGUACGAGGACGAGCUGGUGCCCGCCUUCGAGCGGGCGGGCCGCAUCUACGAGUUCCGGCUGAUGAUGGAGUUCAGCGGGGAGAACCGGGGCUACGCCUUCGUCAUGUACACCACCAAGGAGGCGGCUCAGAGGGCCAUCCACAUGCUGGACAACUACGAGAUUCGGCCGGGCAAGCCCAUCGGCGUCUGCGUCAGCCUGGACAACUGCCGGCUCUUCAUAGGCUCCGUGCCCAAGGAGAGGAAGAAGGAGGAGAUCCUGGAGGAGAUGAAGAAGGUGACGGAGGGCGUGGUGGACGUCAUCGUCUACCCGAGCGCCACCGACAAGACCAAGAACCGCGGCUUCGCCUUCGUGGAGUACGAGUCGCACAAAGCGGCCGCCAUGGCCCGCAGGAAGCUGAUACCAGGCACGUUCCAGCUAUGGGGCCACACCAUCCAGGUGGACUGGGCGGAGCCGGAGAAGGACGUGGACGAGGAGACGAUGCAGCGGGUGCGCGUGCUCUACGUGCGCAACCUCAUGGUGUCCACCAGCGAGGACACCAUCCGCCGCGAGUUCAGCAAGUACAAGCCGGGCGCCGUGGAGCGCGUCAAGAAGCUGACGGACUACGCCUUCGUGCACUUCUACCGGCGCGGCGACGCCGUGGACGCCCUGCACAUCAUGAACGGCAAGGACAUCGAUGGCUCGGCCAUCGAGGUCACCCUGGCCAAGCCCGUCAACAAGGACGCCGGCCGCAGGUUCGGCCAGAGGGGCCACCGGGGGCCGAUGGGCGAGGGCGUGUUUUUCCAGGGCAAGGAGGAGGGCGGCGACGGCGGCGGCCCGGAGAGGUCCCUCAGCCUGCCCGCGCGCCUCGCUGGGCCCUACGCCCCCGACGCGGAGCGCUGCAUCUACCCCUUCUUCCCCGGCGCCAGCCUCAUGCCCGUCAGCAUGCAGUCCCUGAAGCCCAGCCAGUUCUGCUCGUCCGUCACGCACCUGGAGUACUACUGCAACAAGAACAACUGGUCCCCGCCGGAGUACUACCUGUACUCUACCAGCGGCCAGGACGGGAAGCUGCUGCUCAUCUACAAGGUGGUCAUCCCCAGCACGCGCUCCACCUUCAUGCCUGACAAGGUGUGCAGCAUCCUGGAGGAUGCCAAGGAGCUGGCGGCGCAGAACGCGCUCUGGAAUUUAGAUUGCACGUUCCACGGCCCAGGCUCUCCCGGGGCCUUGACGCCUCCGGCAUCCUCUGGUAACGGCAUGCUGUCCUAUGGGUGUCGCCCCUUCCCCUACCCCGGCUGCCCACUCUCCCCUCUCCUACCAGUGGCAGGCAGCAACGGCCAGAGGGUCUACAUCUCCAGCCAGUCUCCCUUCUUCUAA